CUCACUGCCUGUUUCUGGCGCCGAGGAAAACGCUCCGCUGUAACGCCUCCUUCGUCGAGUGAUUCAGAAGCCCGCCCGGAGCGUCAUUUCAACGCCAUUUCAGUGUACAGGGCAACCAUGGCUUUUUCGGGCGUUGCAGCGUAUGGAAUUCCAGCCGUCCUGCUCGCUGCCUUCGCUUGCUGCACAGCCGGUCCUGCAGGAUUGGUGGGCGGAUGGAAAAAGCACAGCAUUACAGAGAAACCGGUGUUCGAGGAGUUGGCGCACUACGCCAUUUCCCAACAGGUCGGCGACCGAGAGUACUUUGACACCGUGCUCGAACUUGUCGACGUCGACACACAGGUCGUGGCUGGCACAAACUACCGAAUCAAGUUCAAAGUAGCUGAGUCGACUUGCAGAGUGACAGAAUCUUACAGCCGGGAGGUCUGCCUUCCAAAGUCUCGAGAGUCCGUGAAGGACGUAUGUACCGUGGUCAUCUACGACGUGCCUUGGCUCAACGAGCGUUCGGUCACCUCAUUCACGUGCGAAGGAACAAACCCUUCCAAGUAGAGAAUAAAAUGCGUCGGGGGAUUUUCGGCGUUCAACUAAUACUCAGAUUUUCGUGAUUUAUUUUAUAUUGUUUACAUUGAAGCCAGAAAUAAAGCUAGUAACUAUGUCAAAUAAUUUUACCGCUGUA